AUGCUGCAUCCAAUUCUUGACCUCAGCAACUUCAAUAUCGUCGUCUCUGUUAUAGCGUUUUAUAUUCUCAUUUUCGGAUAUGUUUCGCUCAGAAUCAAGCAGAGGUGGUACCUCGGGGAAGCCUUGCCAGCCUUUUUAAUUGGUGUCUCGCUAGGGCCGAUCGGCGCUAGGUUCCUGAACAUAUCUCAGUGGGGAGGAGGGGAUGACGAUUACCGCAGUGACAUCGCGUUUAACCUGACACGCCUAGUGAUUGGCAUACAAUUGGUAAAAGCUGGAUAUCAAUUGCCCAAGAGAUACAUAAGACAGCGUCUCUGCGAACUGGCUAUAUGUCUUCUUCCGCUCAUGACUAUAGCAUGGUUUGCAACAUCUGCAUGUAUCUUGCUUGCGAUACCCAGUAUAUCCUUUCUUUCAGCGCUUAUUAUAAGCGCUUGCGUGACUUGCACGGACCCUGUUCUAUCUCAAGCCAUUGCAAAAGGUCCCUUUGCAGACAACUAUGUUCGUCGACCACUUCGAGAGUUUAUUUCGGCCGAGGCAGGGGCAAAUGAUGGCUUCGGUUUUCCAUUUCUGCUGCUUGCGCUUUCCUUGUUGCGUUACGCAGAAGCGCCUGAAAACACCGCUAGCCUGGAGGACUUCGAUCUGGAGCGAGGCAUUCCCGAUUCACUCGGCGCAACGAGCGCAGGGCGCUUUGGUGGAGGAGUCGGCCCUGCGUUGAAACAUUGGGCCGUGGAGGGAGUCCUGUACAUGAUUUUCCUGGGUGCCUCCUACGGCGCCUUUGUCGGCUUCACUUGCCAGAAGCUAGUCAAGGGCGCAUCCAAGCGAAGAUGGAUCGAUAAUGAAAGCUUUACUCUGGUCCCUGUGGCAAUUGGCAUGCUCAUUGUUGGGACGUGCGGCUGUUUUGGAUCCGAUGAAACACUUGCCUGCUUCAUAGCUGGGAGUGUGCUCAACUGGGAUGGCCUUUACCAGGCUGAGAUGCAGGCCCGGCAUGAUUCUUUCAAUUCGACAAUCGAGACUUUGCUGAACACUGCAGCUUUCAUGUAUCUUGGUGCAGUCAUGCCAUGGGACCAGUUUCAUAGACCCCAUGACACUGGGAUAUCCAUCUGGCGCUUGCUUGGACUCGGCUUUUUAAUCCUUAUCUUUCGUCGCAUUCCCGCCAUUAUCACAGGAUACAAGUUCAUGCCCAAGGUCUGCAGUGAUUGGAAAGAAGCGUUGUUUUUGGGCUACUUCGGACCGAUCGGUAUCGGUGCUAUCGCAUAUGUGGAGUAUGCUCGCCGCCUCUUUCCCUCCCCAGGCGAAAGUGACACUGAGAUUAACAAUCUGACCGCCGCUAUGACACCAGUUGUCUACUGGUUGGUGCUGUUCUCCAUCGUUGUCCAUGGACUGUCGGUACCUGCGCUUGAUGCGCUCUACAAGUUUUUCGGCGUGUGCAAGAUUCGUGACCAUCCGGUGGCGGUUGCUCUGCUCUCAGAUAAUGAAGCCCUCCCCAAUAAUUGCUCAGUUGAUCCUCAGCGGCAUUCGAUGAUUGUCAACAACCGCUUCUCGCGGCCGUCUGACAGCGACACUGACGGGCAAAAUGGCCAAGUACGGAAAGAAUCAGGAACGAUGACUCGACUAAGCGAGGAUAGUCCGCUCAAUGGGAGCAAUGAGCAUUUGGAUAUCCCCUUAUUUAGCCACCGAGCAGGAGGCUCAGCCACCGUUCGGGCUAUUGUCUGA